AUGCGAGGACCGAUAUCAAGAGGAAUAUUACCUCUAGCUUACUUGUGCUCGACUAAAUUUGAUCAGGAAUGGGAUAAGGAAUUAGAUAGUAGCUUCUCAGCAACAGAGACAGGUAAGUUAGAUCUAAGUAGAAUCGGUGGUUUUACGUUAGUGCAUGGUCAUUUAAAGAUUGACCCUGUUUCGAAAAGAAUAGAAGGACUAAAUAUAAUAAGCAAUAGAGGGGAUAAAGGAAGAAUUCUAGUACCCAAAGGUACUUCAAGUGAUACUUCAGAAGACAAUAAGAGCUGGGUCCACUCUAAAGGGGAACAAUCAUUGAAUGAUGAUAUAGAACAUAAAAGCACUUUUGGCUUAUCUAACUCACUUUUUAACCAUCCUUGGAGCAAGGUUACAUUAGGCGAGAGCCUACUUGAUGAUCUAGUAGAUAAGGCACUUGCAAAGGGCAUGACUGAAGACGAUUUGGUAUCUGGAUGCUUCGAUUUAUUGAGUCAUGAUACAUAUCCCAAGGAACUUUUGCAUGAACCUAAUUUUGAAAAAAAAUUUAAUGCGCUACGAUAUUCAAUAUUCAUACCGCCUCUAAAGACUGGAAUGCUGCCAGACUCACAAGACACAACCAUGGGAUCCUUAUAUGGUACUAGGAUGCAGACGGUAAUUUUGCUAAAUAAAAACGGCGAUCUCAAGUAUUAUGAAAGAGAUCUACACCUGUCAGAUAUCAUGGAUCAACUAAAAGUAUCUACGCUGAGCUUCGAGUUUAAUAUCGCGUAG